AUGAGUCUUGAAGGUGUUUUAAAAACCAAACUGCUUCAGCAGGAGUGCCAUUUUACUUGGUCUCUAAGAGAAGAAGACUUUGUUCUCUGUGAUUUACUGAAUCGUCUGGAGGAACAGAUUCAGUUGGAGUUGGAAUCUAACGAGGCGAGAGUAACACGAUCUUACAGCAGCUUUGGAUUUGUUCAGUAUCUUUAUGGCAACCAUCAGGAAGCACUUGCAAAUCUGCAGAAAUCUGUGCAGCUCGCAAAGGAAUACUACAAAGACAGUGAUGAAGUUCUUAUUGUUACCUAUGGAGACCUUGCCUGGUUGCAUUAUCAUAUGAAUGAUUUUUCUACAUCUCAAGAGUACUUGAGAGAGUUAGAGAGGAUCCAUAGAAAAUGUUCUGAAGGAUUCACUCAUAUUGUUGAUGUACUUAGAGAAAAGGGUUGGGCUUUUCUUAAAUUCUCUCACAAAUACUACAAUGCUGCAAAGGAAUGCUUUAGACAGGCCCUUGAAAAGAACCCUGAUGACAGUGAUUUAAAUACAGGCUAUGCUAUUGCCCUGUACCGCACGACCAAUGAGACAUCUGACCCUUCAGACUCGCCAACAAUAAAACAGCUGGAAAGAGCUAUAGAGCUUAAUCCAGAUGAUGGUGUACUAUUAGUGUUGCUAGCACUGAGAAUGCUGCAUAACAGAGAUGAUAUGAAGAUGCUCAAAACUGCACAGCUGAAAGUGAUUAUGGCUCUGGUGAUGUCCCCUGAAAACCCCCAUGUCACAAGAUAUGCAGCCAAAUUUUUCCGCCAAUUAGGAGACACGGACGCUGCAAUUUCUCUACUGAAAGAAGCCCUGCAGGCUACCCCAAACUCAGCCUUUAUACACCAUCAGUUGGCUAUGUGUUUCAAAAACAAAAAAAUAUUUCUGGAAAAGAAAUAUAGGACACCUGGUAAAAAGGAACUUGAUGUUAAAGAGUCGUAUGAAAAACAGCAAUACCUGGAGAAGUGCAUCUAUCAUCUGGACAUGGCAGUUUCCCUAAAGCCCUCUUUCGUUAUUGCCAUGGCAGAUUUAGCACUGCAUUACGGACAACUGCACAGACGUGGCAGCUUAAAAGCUGAGAGACUGUUUGAAGAAGCAUUUAAAAAGGCUAAUGAAAAGCAACACCUACAGGCAGUCAAUUGGUUUUAUGGCCAAUACCAGCUCUACACCAAAAGAUCUGAAAAACUGGCCAUCUAUUAUUUCAUGCAAGGUCUGAGGCUGCAGCCGAAUUCAGAGCAAGGCCGGUCGUGUGAGGAGAACCUGAAGAAGGUGAUUGAACGUCGUAUGAAAAGGGUGAAAAACCCGAAAGACAGCAAGGUGUGUGCUAUACAAGGAUUCAUUCAUGAAGUGAAGAAUGAAAAACUCAAGGCCGAAGAGUUUUAUGAGCGAGCCCUAAUAAGUGGGCUUGAUUUUGGUGAAAGCUGUCUUCUAACAGAGAUGAGGAUUUGGCUCAUGAGUUUCAGUGAAACAGAAAAAUCCAUCCUAAACCGGAUUUUUGAUGGAGGAAGUUAUGAUGAAGUUGGCAGUGGUAGGCUUAAGAGUUUCAAAGGUUCAAUGAACAAGAAGAUUGUGCACUUGGUUGAUAUUGAUAUUUGCAAUGCCAAGAGGAUUCUUAGAUGGGAAAAUCUGACUCCUGGACCUCAUGCCAUUCUGCUUACAUUUUCUCUGCAUGAUGGCCAAUUCACAGACCAGACCAAAGAGAUUCUUGAAACCUUAGAGUUUCUUAGAGAGAAAUUUUGGAAUCACGUUGUUGUAGUAUUUAUAGAGGGAGACUGUAGUAUAAACGAUUAUACUGGAUCUCAAAGAAGCGUAUUGGAGUGGCUUCAUGAAAAAUGUGGACACAAAACCUACAUCUGUGGCUCUGAACCAGAAACUGCAGAAAGGAGAGAACUUUCAGAGAGGAUACGGAGGAUGAUCUGGAGAAAUAAUUCAAUGCAUCUGGUCUUACCAGAAAUUUCAGAUGGAGAUUCUCAGUCACCUUCAGACAUUUUGAGGAAGCUAGAUGUAAGAGAUUAUUACUUCACUCCUGAGGUCAUCUUUCAGGAGGGGCAAAGUAAAUACAGGUUACAGAGCAGCCAUGCAGGCUGGUUCCACUGUGAGUUUACAAAGCUUGGUUUUAACAUGAAGGGGGAAGGGGAGGUGCUGUACAACACUGUUCUUCAGGAUAGCGACUGUCCAGUCCCUGCCAACCAUUACCAAGCAGGACCCCUGUAUGAUAUCAAAUGUGUUCAGGGUGAGCUGUCUCAACUCAGUCUACCUCACUGUGAGACCUCCAUUGAGGAUGCCUACCACUUCAUGUCCGCUAUACAUUACUCUAAUCAGAUUGUUGAUAUUAUGAAACCUCAGGAUAUCACAAGCACACAUGUUACAGUGAGCAUCCCAGGAACAUCAAAGUUUUUACUUUUGAAAACACAAAACUGGUUUACGGAUCAUUGGUUUAAGAUAUGUGGCCAAGUGAUGCUGUUCUACAUAAAGAAAGUACAUAAGCUGCAUGUGUUUCUACAGCCACGCAAUGUGGACCCCAGAGAAGUGAGAAAAUGUAAUGAAGAUUAUACACCAAUCCAGUCAGCUUGUGAAUGCAUGCUCACAUAUAACUGUGAAUACAGCAUGUCCUGUGAUCCUGUUGAGGAACAUGAACUUUCAGAGAGGCCAGUAUCAAUGAUACAACCGUUGCGUACAAAGCUUCGUUACACUAAGCAGUGGAAACCUUUCUAUCCAACAUUCGAUAUAAAGUUACCAAAUGGCGUGAUGAAUGUGGGAUUAUGCCUGAAAAAGAAAAAGCACAAGAAUGGAGAGCUUAAAGUUGAAUGGAGUCUUAACAUACCACUGGCAGACUAUACAGCAGAAACCAGCGGACUGACAUCAACCGAUGAGCCAGAAAACAGCGGACUGAAGCUGUCACCCGAUGAGCGUGUUUCCUUUCUGAAAAGCAAUAGAAAAACCCUCAUCCAAAGGGUGGGAAAUGUUAAAGCUAUUAUAGAUGGCCUUGUUGGCAUCAUUGCAAGCGAACUAUUAAGUGAAAUCAAGGCAAUGCCAACAUCUCAAAGUAAAAUGAGGAGCAUCUUUGAGAUCAUAGAAAAACAAGGUUUUUCGUCACAACUGAUAUUUUUCAACUCGCUUUGUGAAGUCGAAAAGGCUCUAAUAGAAGACAUAAGACAGAGACCAGAAAACAACUAA